CAACUUUGACAAGUGCGGCGGCUUCAUUUAAUCACCUCAUCCAAAUGGAAUAAAGACGACGAUGGAGUUCUUCUGGGGGAAUUUCUUCUUCACUGUAGUUGUCAUUACUGACAGAAUCUGGCACUCACAGUCCUUCAACGUCGGCACUGCAGGUGCCAAGAUUUUCCGCGGACCAGCUGUGGAGGAGUUUGGCUACGCAGUCCAACAGGCGACAAACUAUGAAGGCAAAUGGCUCCUGGUUAGUGCCCCAUGGAGUGGUUACAGUCAAAACAGGAAAGGGGAUGUUUACAAGUGUCCAGUCUCAGGGUCCAGAAACAGCUGUGACAAGCUCAACCUUCAAGAUUCCAUUAGUAUUCCAGAUGUGAAAAACGUUGACGUAAACAUGUCCCUGGGUUUGACUCUGACCCGGAUGCCUUCAGUCAAUGGUUUGAUGACAUGCGGUCCUCUUUGGGGACAGCACUGUGGCGAUCAGGACUUCUACCCAGGAAUAUGUGCAAAAAUGAGACCCCUCUUUCAGCCUGAACCUGCCUUCUCUCCUGCCGUCCAGACAUGCGGAGGACCUAUGGACAUCGUGAUUGUUUUGGACGGCUCCAACAGCAUUUAUCCUUGGGAUCCAAUGAACAUGUUCCUCCAGAAACUGAUACCUGAGCUCGACAUCGGGCCCCAAAACACACAGGUCAGCGUCAUUCAGUAUGCAACAAGUCCCAAGUUUGAGCUCAAACUGAACCAGUAUAGAACCAAAGAGGAGGUGAUUACUGCGACGUCCAGAAUCAGACAGAUGUACGGUGAAUCUACCAAUACCUUUGGAGCGAUAGAAUAUGCCAGGGAUCUGGGUUUCCAUCAAAGUAACGGUGGUCGACCAGGCGCUGCCAAGGUGAUGGUGGUCGUCACUGAUGGGGAGUCUCACGAUGUUCACAAAAGAGAUGCAGUCAUCACUAAAUGUGAGCAACAAGGAAUCACCCGCUUCGGUAUCGCUGUCCUUGGUUAUUACAGUAGAAACAACAUCAACACAGACAACCUGAUCAAAGAAAUCAAAUAUAUUGCCAGCACACCCACAGCAAAGUACUUUUUCAAUGUGUCAGAAGAGGCGGCCCUCUCCACCAUCGCUGGAACAUUGGGGAACCGGAUCUUCAACAUAGAAGGCACUGGAAAAGGGGGCGACAACUUCAAGAUGGAGAUGUCCCAGGUUGGAUUCAGCGCUCAUUACUCAAGCAAUAAGGAUGUCAUGAUGCUGGGAGCAGUGGGAGCGUACGCUUGGAGCGGGACUGUCGUCCAUCAAAAAGGAUCAAAAGUGGACAUUCUUCCUUUUUCAGCCUUCGAGGGAAUACUUCAAGACAGAAACCACAGCUCAUUACUUGGUUACGCUGUUACAACACUGAGCGAUGGACCAACAGAAUAUUUUGUGGCUGGUGCACCUCGCUCCAACCACUCUGGACAAGUUAUCGUCUACACAGUCAAUGCCCAGAAGCAAUCUGCUAUCAUAGACUCAGAAAGAGGAAAACAGAUUGGGUCAUAUUUUGGAAGCGUCCUGUGUUCUCUGGAUGUAGACAAAGACGGGGUGACCGACCUCCUGCUGGUUGGUGCACCCAUGUUCAUGAGCAAUCUGAAGAGAGAGGAAGGCAGGGUCUACGUCUUCUCUGUCACUAAGGGUAUACUGAACGAGCAGGGAUUCCUCAGUGGUCCGCUCCCAACUGAGAACGCACGUUUUGGGAUGGCCAUCUCUGCUGUUCCUGACCUGGAUCUGGACAGUUAUAAUGACGUUGUAGUUGGAGCUCCACUAGAAGACCAAGGAAAAGGUGUCAUUUAUAUCUACAACGGGGAGCAAAAGGCUUUAAAGAAACAGUUCUCACAGAGAAUUCUUGGCUCCAAACUGGAUCCUCGACUGCAGUAUUUUGGAAGGUCCCUGGAUAGCUUCAAAGAUCUGAAUGAUGAUUCCCUCCCUGACAUCUCCAUUGGUGCAUAUGGAAAAGUGGUGCAGCUCUGGUCCAGAGGUGUGGCGUCUGUUACGGCUAAAGCUUUAUUCAAACCUGAUAAAAUCAACAUUAUCAGCAAACCCUGCGACAUUAAUGGACGCAAGCUUUCGUGUUUCAACACCAACCUCUGUUUCAGUGCUGCGUUCAGGCCUAAAAACCCUGUUGGACCCCUUGAUAUAUCCUACACUUUGACUCUGGAUGCUGACUUGCAGUCCUCACGAGUGACAUCAAGAGGACUCUUCACGAAAAGCAAUGAACGCUUUCUCACAGAAAAGGCAAAAAUAUUAACUACAGCCCUGUGUCAAGACUACCAGGUUUAUGUUCAGGAGGCACCAGACUUUGUCAAUUCUCUCAGUCUGAAAGUAGAAAUCGAGCAGCAGAAUGCAGAUGUGAACCCGGUCCUUGAUAUGUUUGCUCCCAGUGCCUGGGAGUUCUUUAUCCCCUUCACUAAAGACUGCGGCCCUGAUGACGUGUGUGUCAGUGAUCUGGUGCUGGCUGUGAAAACAGACACAAAGGGGACCAGCUCAGAUCCAUACAUGGUCAGUGCAAAUAACCGAGAACUGUCGUUUGAAGUCGUCGUGAAGAACAAAAAGGAGAACGCGUACAACACUCGGGUCCUGGCCACGUUUUCCAGUAACCUCUACUACUCCUCCAUCGUUCCUUCUACAGAUGGAGUCAAAUGCACCUCAACACAAACACAAACCAUCACUUGCCAAGUGGGAUACCCAGCAUUAAAAACAGAUGAAGAGGUGAAAUUUAAGUUGAAUUUUGACUACAGUUUUGACCAGUUGGCAAGCCUAGCUGAGGUGAAAUUUGUGGCUAAGAGUGACGGUGAAGAGGAAAGACCUGCAGACAACAAAAUGGACAUAUCCAUUCCUAUUCGAUAUUUGGCAGGGGUUGUUUUAUCGAGGGAGUCAAAUAUCCCAUUCUACGAGCCAGAUGUUGCAGUUCCCGUGGUAACAGAAGUGAAAAGUCUAGAUGAUAUUGGCCAAGAGUUUAACUUCACAGUGAAGGUGUCAACAAGUAACUUCCCAAUCAGCCUCCUGUAUCUGACCAUUGCUCUGCCGGUGGCCACUAAAGGUGGAAAUCCGCUCCUCUAUUUGACCAGUGUGGACACACAAACAGGAGGCGCCAUGAGCUGUGAUUCCAGCGGCCUGGUUGAUCAUCUGAAGAUCGGAGUGGGGACCCGCAGAGCGUCUUUCUCAGAGGAAAAUCUUAGAGGCACAAAGAAGCUGGACUGCGAGAGUGCAAAAUGUGAUUAUAUUAAAUGCAUCCUCAAGGACACAGAACUUAAAAGUGAUUAUUAUGUGAAAGUUAAAACAAGAAUCUGGCAUGGCACUUUUGUUACGGCCUCCUAUCUGACCACUGAGCUGAUCUCCAGUGUUGAUGUUGAGACCUUUGACCCGAAGCUUCUCAGCAUCCCUCUCAAACAGCUGCCAGUGGUGGUGACGAUCAAUAAACCUGGAGAGAAAGCUGAUGUUCCGGUGGGAGUGAUCGUUGGCAGCGUCAUAGCCGGACUGCUGCUGUUAGCUCUGGCUGUUGGACUGCUGUGGAAGUUUGGGUUUUUCAAAAGAAAGUACCAGCAGCUUCAGAAGGAGGGCGAUGAAGACACACAGAGCCACGCACACGUCGACGAAGUGUUGUGAGUUGGACAGAAAACCUGCAGCCUUCUCGCUUCACUGGAUUGUUUCCGGUACUGGUACUUGUCAUUGGUUCUUGUAAAGUGCAAAUGGACUAAAGCUCAACCACUGGCGUUUUAGUGAAAUAGAAGCUGCUCAGUUUGUGUAAAACUGGGAUUCAAUUCUCUGGCAAUUUUUAGGGAACUAUUUUUGUAACUAUGUGUUUGUGAGCUUGAGUAAAGUUGCUGUUAUGCACUGAUUUUGAGUAAAGCCUAAAAACUGUACCAAAAUUCAGUUUUAGGCAGUUCGUGUGAGGUUUUACACUGUAAAUGCAUCCAACUUCUGGUUUGCCCUUUGUUUUAAGAAAGUCUGGGCAAUGUGAUCAACAAAUAACCCUCUCAGUUGGAUAAAUAAUAAUCUUGAAUGAAGCUCACUUGUCAAAACAUCGGCCUUUUUAGCACACAAGCUGCAGCCAGUCAAUCUGUAGCAUAAACUGAGAUCCAUCAUCACCUCUGGCACUCAGGGCUUUUUUGCAUUAAUAAUAUUGAUAUCAGAAGUUUGUACGCAAACAGGAAAUGAUACCCAUCCUGUAAAUAGUGAAAUCUGUCACUCCCCUAUUUCAUUGUGUUUGUGCUGUAUAUACUGUAAGAUAAAAUGCUGAUAUUUCAUGUUGGGUUUUAUAUAUGAAAGGAUUUGAGGUUAUAUGGGUCCAUAGCUACUCGUGUUUUUGUUAUGAUGAUGUGAUAUUGAUAUUUUGUUGUUGUGUUUUUGUACCAUUCGUGGCACAGUUGUCAGGUAUGAGUAUUUUUGUAGCAUAGUGUGUUUCAGUGAUCUGCUGAUUAUUUUCUCAAUGAAUCGAUUAAUGAUUUUGCCUAUUAAAUUUCAGAAAAUA